GGAAAGAGGGCGGAAAUAAGCACCUAGAAACCAUGUGGUUGACAUCAUUCUCCGUGGGCGAAGGGACAGACUGUAGUGAGGGCGGAAGUUGCGACAAACUGGUCGGAAGUAGCUUCUCUUCCUUCUAAAUACAUUGGGCUGGAGAAGGAUUGAGGGCGGAUAUCUUGUGUGCCGCGAAGGGACGCAACAAAAGGAAUGGGGCACAAAUGGGAAUGCCAGCGAGAAAAGCGCAUACCCCAUUGCCCUUGCCUAAGCUUGAAUCAGAAAGCAAAGGGGUCUCAGGGUUCCGCUCUUCCUUCUGCAAAACCACCAGCCUCUCUCCCUUUCCAGCUUUCUUGUGAGGAAAGGAACAUUUUUCAACUUUGUCACUUUAAGGAAAACCUAGGGGAAAUCCCAUUCUCUAACCACUUCCAGUUUCCCCUGAAAAUCUAGCGCCCUCUAGGACCCAGGAGGAAGUCUUUUUGUACUUGGGCCUGGCCUGGGGCCGGUCCCCGGGAGGAUUUCCUGGUUUCUGGGGUGGGGCGUGAGCCACCAAGAGAUAGGGAAACGGCCGCCCCGCCCCUGCACCUGUUCCCACCGUCCCAGCCUGGAGGGAUCCUCCAGCCCCCUGCUCUCAGGUUUAGCUACCAUGAAACUGCACCGGAAACCUGUGCUCAGCUACCUUCGGGGAACAGGGGACCGGGCCCCAGAUCAGGAAGGAAUUUUGCUGAAGAAGGGGACCCGCAAUCCCAGCUACCAACGCCGCUGGUUUAUCCUGCGUGGAAAUCUCCUCUACUACCUGGAGCACCAAGGGGAUCGGAGUCCCCUGGGCCUCAUUUUGUUGGACAACUGCCGGGUGGAGCCCCGAGCCAGUACCAGUGGGCUCUACGCUUUUACCAUCCUGGCCUCCGCAGAAGGUGGCCGGUGCUACAAACUGGCAGCAGAGACCAAGAAGGAUUUCGAUAAUUGGCUUCAAGCCUUGGUUUGGGCAGGAUGGAGCCAGCUGUGGGAGCUCCUGCAGCCCUUACAGGAGCAGUAUCAAAGAGCGUGCCGAGAGGCUGGAGUGGAGCCCCGAUCCCCACCACAGGAAGAGCUAUUUCUGAGCCUCCCCUGCUCUCCAGCUCCCUCUGGCUUCCCGGAGUUGCACCAACGCUUUGGGGAAGAGAUUCAGGCACUUGCCAGGUCCAGGGCCGCCAGGAGGCAAGUGGACCUCACAGAAUUUGGGUGAAGGAGGAACCAGAAUCCUGGGUUUGGGAGAGAGAAUGAUAUGGCAGGUGUAGAGCUCUCUUAAGGGACAUCUGGGACUGACAGUUGUUUUGGGACAAAACAAAGGGGGUUCACACAGCCUGGAAACACACUUCAAUAAAAGUCCCAAAGCUAA